UGUUGUUGCGAGUACUCUGUCGAUAAUAGAAUCACUCAUUCGAUGUCCCAUCGAUCGACACAGAUCAAUAGAUAGUAUUUAAAUGUUUUGUCAGUUUUAGUGGUAGUGAUUUAUUGAUUUAUUUUUUAUAUAAAAGCGAAAAACUAUUUAUUAUUAAAUGUGAUAGUGUGUUAGUUUUCUUGUGGGUGGUUGAACAAUAAGAAAAAAUAUAAUAAAAUGAGUGGCAUGGAAAUUAUAGCUACGAAUGGAACCGCUAAGGUUUCCAACAACAAUCAACAUCACGUCGCCGCGGCCGCGGACGACGUAGAGAGCGGGGUCCGGGUCAGAGAAGCCAAAGGUACCACCGACGACGUCAACGGCAUCAUAGCGCCGCGAAGGAAACAUCAGCGUCGCCGUCAGCGUCAAACAGUCCACGUUUGGCUCCGUCGCCUAGCGAUCAUGGCCGCCCUAGUCGCUGUCCUAGUAGGCCUGGCCGCGGCCGUCUGGUACUUUUUCGGGUUCCUGUUCCUCGUCGAGCUGUUCCUGGUGGCCGUGGUGGCCUAUCUGGCUGCCGGACAUUGGAGGUGGUUCUACGUGGCCGCCGUUACGGCACCGAGGGAUCUGAGGGCCCUUAUCAAGUACAUAAGAUUAUUGAUCCAAGUGAAGAGGUACCACAGACAGAACGCCAGCUUUACGCAAAUCUUUCAAAGCACGGUGAAGAAGAACCCAAACAAACCGGCCAUCGUGUUCGAAGGCCAAGAAUGGACGUUUGCACAAGUGGAGGAAUACAGCAACAAGAUAGCCAAUGUGUUCAAGAGCCACGGCUACAAAAAAGGCGACUGCGUAGCUCUGUUCUUGGAAAAUAAACCAGAGUUCGUGUGCGCAUGGUUGGGGCUCUCAAAAAUCGGUGUAGUCACCGCGCUCAUCAACACCAACCUAAGACUGACUUCCCUCGUACAUUCCUUGACUAUAGUCAAAAGCCAAGCGAUCAUAUUUGGAGCCGAACUCUCGGAUGCUGUCACUGAGGUAUUGGACAAAAUCGAAUCCAAGGUGGCGUUGUACCAAAUAAAUUGCAACAACAACGCAGGCACUCAAGACGAACGAUUCGAGAAUCUGGAUAUUCUGCUUAAAGACGCUUCAACUACUCCUCCAGAAAUUAAGGAUAAGCUAGGGCAACAUGAACACCUUGUAUAUAUUUACACAUCGGGAACCACGGGCUUACCGAAAGCGGCAGUUAUUAGCACUUCAAGAUUCAUCUUCAUCGCUGCGGCAAUUCACUGGUUGUGCGAUUUCCAAACCUCAGACCGAUUCUACUCUCCACUUCCGUUGUAUCAUACAGCUGGCGGUUGCAUGACCAUGGGGCAAAUGUUAAUCUAUGGCUCAACUGUAGUGAUAAGGAAGAAAUUUUCAGCAUCCUCGUAUAUAGCUGAUUGUAGGAAAUACAACUGCACAAUUGCUCAGUACAUUGGAGAAAUGUGUAGAUAUAUUUUGGCGGCUCCUCCUAAAGCUAAUGAUGGUGAUCACAACAUAAGAAUGAUCUACGGUAACGGACUGAGGCCUCAAAUUUGGACGGAAUUUGUCGAAAGGUUUAAUAUUAAAAAAGUGUGUGAAUUCUAUGGAGCAACAGAAGGAAAUGCCAAUAUCGUGAACGUGGACAACACGGUGGGCUCCAUCGGCUUCAUCUCCCGCAUCAUCCCCCAGGUCUACCCCAUCUCCAUCAUCCGCGUGGACGAGAACGGCGACCCGAUCCGUGAUGCUCGUGGCCUCUGCACCGAGUGCCGUCCCAACGAGCCGGGCGUCUUCAUCGGCAAGAUCCUGCCCAACAACCCUUCGAGGGCGUUCCUAGGCUACGUCGACGAGGAGGCUUCCAAGAAGAAGGUUAUUAAGAACGUGUUCAGCGUGGGCGACAGCGCUUUCAUCUCCGGGGAUAUUCUGAUAGCGGAUGAGUGGGGGAAUUUGUUCUUCAAGGAUCGGACGGGGGAUACGUUCAGGUGGAAAGGGGAGAACGUUUCCACUUCUGAAGUUGAGGCUGUGAUUAGUAACAUAGUAAACUACAAGGACGUCAUCGUUUACGGUGUAGAAAUAAGAGGCAUGGAAGGCAGGGCAGGCAUGGCAGCUCUCUACGACCCUGAAGAAGUGGUCAAUUUAAACGGGGAUUUAGUUGAUGGACUCAAGAGGGCGCUACCGUCCUACGCCAGACCUAUAUUCAUAAGGAUACUAAAGAAAUUAGAUUUAACAGGUACAUACAAGCUGAAGAAGAACGACCUUCAAAAGGAAGGCUUCGAUCCGUCUAAAACUAGUGAUAAAAUUUACUACUUAACCUCGAACGGACAGUACGAACUAGUGACUAAAGACGUGUUCGAUAAAAUCAAUUCUGGUGAAAUUAGGGUUUAGUUUUUAGAGAAUACGUUUUUUUAUAGAGACUGAGAAUGAUAAAAACAUGUUUUAUACUCAUUCCAAAUAGUUCAAAAGUCUAUUUUGAUCGUUUUAUUUAUACUAAAUAAUAUGCGAUUUAUUUAUUAUUAAUCGACUAUUUCCGGGAAAUGAUUCUUUUUAUGACGAGAUUUUAAAGUUGUAGACAAGCAAGUUUAAUUUUGAAAAUAAUGAAAUUAAAGUGCCUUUUCAAAGUUUUUUUGUUUAAGCAUGCAACAGUGAUAUUUUAACUUUUUUAGGACAUUUGAUAUAUUUAAUUGUAAAUAAAAAAAAUACUGUUGUUUAGGAGAUUACAAAUUAACUUUUUGUAUGAAGGCUAGGUGUACCAGGUUGAGUCUAAAAAUAAAUGCUAAUAUUCCGAGAAAAUAUGUUUUAUGAAUUUUUAAAAUGUUUUAUAAUUUUGAGUGAACGACAUAAUAUCUUGAUAAUAUGACAACAUAGAUCGUAGAUUAAAUUUAAGGGAACUUAAACAUAGAAAAAAAAAUCCAUUGAUUCUCACAGUUUAACCAAAAGAUCGUUUUUUUUAUUUUCACAGUAGAAAAACACGGUUUAUUUGAAAAACGACAAAGGGGAAAUAUAUUUCUUUUAUCGAGAUCUACCAGCUCUAAAAAUAUUUGCACUGACUUAAGACUCGCCCUGCACCUAUGCUUGAUAAGAAAAAAUACUUUCAUGCGAAAGAAUUUGUCUAUUUUCCUUCGUUGUUCUAAAACCGUAAAAAUUGUUUUAUGUGUAACUAGCUAUAAUUUAUUUAAGUUAAACAGUUGUAAAGGUUUAUUCAAGGUAGAAGUGAAUAAGUGCGAAAAAAAAUCUUGAGAUUUGUCUAUUAAAAGUAAUGUGGUUUUUCCUGUAACAUUUUUCGCGAUUCGGUCAUUUUCUAUAUGAGUAUAUUUCAGCUGUGGCGGAUACAGAAGGAGGGACUAAGGGUCCCGGCCCCCCCCCCCUAAAAUUUUUAAAUUGGGUCGAAUAUUAGGCUUUUGGACUAAAAUAAAUUUAUGUAUCCGCCCCUGUAUUUUAGAGUUUAUUAUAUUUCAUGUUUUAAAAGAAGUGUUUUAAACCAUGUUUAAAACUUUAUUUAAACACUAUUUAAUAAAAAUAUAUCUCUAAUACAAAAGGAUUAAAAAACAAAACGAUCACUUCAGUCAAUCAACUCAUUAUAAUAGAAAAAUAGUAUGUACCUAAUUCAGAUAACAAUACAAACAUGGUACUAAAACCUAACAACUCGGAGGAGUUGUAACACAGAAUUUAGUCUAUUAAGUUCACUAAAAAUCCUAUACAGGGUAAUUAUAUUAAUGACAUGCUCAUAUUUAAGGGGGUGAUUCUUGGACUUAUUUUAAGAAAAAAACUUCAUAAGACUGUAUGUCCUAAACAUCUUCACUUUUGAGAUACAGGGUGGUAAAAUUUUCUAAAAAAAGACUUUCAUAAUAACACUGUUGUUAUUAUACUGCCCUGCUGGCAAGCAAAACUUUGGGUCGGCGUUUACAUGUAUAGGAGUGAAUCGCUAUGGCAAUCUAGUAAGCCGGAGAGAGCAAAAAUAAAAAGUAUUUAUUACAUAACGACUUAAUUUGACGCUAGAUUCCAUGCGCAUGGGAAAAUACUUACCUUCUGUCUUUAUUCAGUACAUCUUAUUUUACUAAGCGUGUUGACCGUACUCUUCGUACACACGAAAAUCGGCACCCAGGGCCAGAUAUGCCGACCCUAGUAGAUAUCUUUAUUUAAGACAAGUCAGUGACGUGCCAUUUUUUUCUCCAAAAAUAUUCAAUGUAAAACCGUAUAGACGGUAUAGACGCUACUGGCUGAAAUAAAAUUAUACAUCAAAAAUGAUAUUUUGAUGCAUAGAAAACGUGUCUCAAGAUUCAUAUAAUAACAUCAGAGUUAUAAUGAAUAUUUUUUUU